UUUAUGUAGUAAUAUUUUGUAUAAAGUAACUCGUACAUGAGUAGGCUAAUUAUAAACGUUAUGGCAGUGUGCUAAUAAGCAAUAUGGAGUUAUUGAAACUUGUUUUUAUAUGUUUCGUGCUUGUAGAAAAUAGCAAUGCAUCAUUUUUCGUAGGGUCAAGCUCAUCAUUUGCCUCAACCUUGUUAACUCGUUUGAAGCAAUAUACAAUCGUUAUUCCUCAUCAAGCAGAAGAUAAACAUGCAAGACUUAAAAAGAGAGAUUUGUCAACAGAAUUACAUGUCGUUCCCGGCAUUCACUCAAAGCAAACUUACUUUUCUUUCAAAUUUGAAAAUCAAACAUACAUACUUGAGCUAAAAUUAAAUGAAGAACUUCUUCCUAAAGAUUUUUCUACUUCCAUUCAUACGGAUGAUGGUCAGGUUAUAAUGGACAAACCAAAUCUACAGGAACGAAAUCACUGCUAUUACCAAGGUCAUGUUGUUAAUAUGGAAGGAAGUCAUGUGAUUAUGAGCACGUGUGAUGGGUUAAGAGGAUGUAUCGCACUUUCGGAUGAUUUCCUGUUAAUUGAACCACUAUCUCCACAUUCCACACAACAUGUUGUAUACCGACCUAAAGACCAAACACUGAAUGAAGUUGGUACUUGUGGGAAUCAAGACAUGGGACAUGCGGUUGUAAAUGUGGAUUCAUUUGCAGGAAUGCUGAGACAAAAUGAACAACACAGACAAAAGCGUGAAGCAACAACUGAAAAGAAGUUUUUAGAGUUACUUAUUGUUGCAGAUAAAGCACAGGCAGCCAAGUAUUCACGUGUGGACCUGGAUAACCGAAUAAAGGAACUUGUCAACUACAUCAAUGGAUUCUACAAAAAACUUAAAAUUCAUGUUGUGUUGUCUCAUAUAGAAGUUUGGAAAACACAAGACAAAAUUCCACUGAAAACCAACGCACAAGAGGUCCUGAAUGAGUUUUUAUCAUACCGACAAAGGAAGAUCUCAUCAGAGCCUCCCAAUUCAUAUUGGAAAUACACUGAUAAUGCUCAGCUGUUGUACGGGGGUUCGUUUGAGGGAAGCACCAUCGGUAUGGCUUCUGUAAAAACAAUGUGUACAUCAAGAUCUGGUGGAGUUAACCAGGAUCAUCAAACUAAUGUCUUUUACACGGCUACCACACUUGCACACGAGAUGGGACAUAACUUUGGAAUGCAUCAUGACUCCGCAAGUUGUGUUUGUCCUCCAGGUGCUCAAUGUCUCAUGGCCUCUUCAUCAGGGUCUAGUUUUAAAAAGGAUUGGUCAUCGUGUAGUAAAGAAUACUUGGCACAGAGCAUCACUGAGGGGUUGGGCAACUGUUUGUUGAACGUUCCUGAUCCAAGUCGAUUGUAUGGUGGACCUAAGUGUGGUAAUGAUAUCAUUGAAAUGGGAGAGGAUUGUGACUGUGGUGGUGUUGAUGAAUGCCUCAGUCAAUGUUGUAAUGCGACGACAUGCAAGCUGAUCUCAGGAGCGUCGUGUGAUACUGGUCCAUGCUGCUUUGGAUGUCAAUACAGCCCUGCUGGUCAGAUAUGUCGAGAUACGAACAACAACAUAUGUGACCUGGCUGAGUAUUGCACUGGUACCUCUGCUAAUUGUCCAGGUAACGUGUACAGACAAAAUGGAAGUCCAUGUAAUGGCAACCAAGCUGCUUGUGCACAAGGUGUUUGCCUGACACAUGAUUUACAAUGCCAGGGAAUAUGGGGGGAGGGAGCUGUAAGUGGGAAUGACAUCUGUUAUGAAAGAGUGAAUAAACUUGGUAAUUGGAAUGGAAAUUGUGGAAGGGGAACAAGUGGCUUUAUUAUUUGCACCAAGGAAAAUUCGAAAUGUGGAAAACUUCAAUGUUCCGGAGGAGCAGACAGACCAAUAGUGGCCAGGGAUAGAUAUGCAUUUAAGAACACAAUUGAUCGUAAAUAUGAAUGUAAGACAAUUUCAUCUGAUGAUAACGCCACCGAUGUAAGUGACCCUGGGUUGGUGAGGGAUGGGACAAGGUGCGGUGAUGGAAAGAUUUGCAAUGAUGGAAAAUGUGAUGAUUUGCCACCCAUGGCUUGCGAUGCAACAUGUAACGGGCAUGGGGUUUGCAACAACCUUGGAAACUGUCACUGCAAUCGUGGAUGGGCGCCUCCAUUUUGCAGCAGUGAGGGCAAUGGCGGAAGUGUCAAUAGUGGUCCAAUCACCAGUAAUACAAUGGACACUCAAACCAUCCUUAUGUUGGUGAUGUUUCUUGUUGUCUUCCCCAUCGUGGUGGGAUCCGGUUUAUUUAUCUGGUAUCGAUAUUGCUCGGGAAGAACACAGAUCGAAUCAUGGAAAAAAGGAAGAAAAGAUCGAUUGGAAGCCGUGGCAAGAGCAAAGAAAUCUGGUGGGAAAAAUCUGGCUCGAACCAAGGAUCGAGUUACAUCUAAUUCUGAGGAGCACCUGUUUGAUGAUGGAGCAAAUGAAGUUGAAUUUCGAACAUCUGCUGUUAAAAAGAAACCAGUUCUUGGUUGGGAUUCUGUCAACCAAUGGAAUGAUGAACCAGCUUCCACCCAGAAACCUGUUCCUAUUGUCAUGAGCAUGACAAAACCAACCCCACCACUUGAAGCACCUAAAAUACAAAACACCCCAACCAGACCACCCCCACCUCAUCCAAUUGCCCCGUCCCAAGUGUCAGUCACAGUUACUCCUGUUAGAUCUGCUCCCCCUCCUCCAUUACCCCCACCUGUUCAACCCCAGGCAACUACAACAUUAGCCAGCAAUCAUCCACAGCCACCAAGACAUCCACCCCCACCUGCAAUCACAAAACCCUCUAACCAAUCAGCCGUCAGACCCAACUUCCCCCCACCACCUCCAACAACGAAACCUCCACUUCCCCCAGUGGGGCAACCCCCACCCACUGUUUCAAAGAAGCCAACUCCAGAAAAGAAGCCAAUAUUCAAACCACUAGUUGCAAACAAACCCCACUUUCAUGGUUCAAAUCCAAUUCUUGCCAGCACAACCAGGCCACCACCAAGUAAAGUAUUGACACAACGUCCUCAUUCGGGUGGUGAACUUCCAAACGAUGCAAUCGACCCGUCCCAACUUUCUGUGCAGGAACGAAUGCAAAGAUUUGGGGCCUAAUCAAAUAAUGUUAAUUCCUCAAUACCAAAUCAACAUAUGUCAAUAGACAAUAUUUUCCAAACAAUCAUCCAAUGUAACCGUUUACACAAACAGCCAGGUAACUCGUUGUUUUAAUGAAAUAAAACAUUUUAACAUGUUAUGUCAACUUGUUGUUUUGAUUUUGUAUUUUUAAAAGAGUUGUUCCUUAAUAAAACUUUUUGAUCAUGGGAAAUGCCAUGCACUGUUCCCAUGAUAUAAUAUAAUACCUUACUUUGGAUCCACGUUUUACUUUUUGUUUUAUCAUUUUAGCUUUCAUUGUGUUAUACAUUGAACCAUGUUAAAAAAGUUGUAUCAACAUGUUCUAAAUUAAACAUUCAGAUAAAUAUGCACAGUUUAUUAUCCCGCACUUACAUUGCCUUAGCUUAUUGUCAUCGUCACUUACAAAAUUAAAUAAUUUCACAGCCGUUAGAUAUAAUCACUUGAAGCAGCAUUUACAUAUUUUUCGUGUGUUCCAUUAAGAAUAGAUAGCCAAGCUGUUUUUAAAACCUUUUUUCUGUGUAAGUUGUUAAAUCAGUACAAAGUAUUCAAACCUUUGUUUAAUUUAACAAAUAGUUGCAUUCCUUUCUAUGCACAAGUAUCCCGGAUGGUCUUUUUAUUUCUAGUUGAGGAUUCUGAUAAAAACGCUAAUUUUUUGAACAAUUUUCCCAGUUUGAACUUCUUUGUUUUUCUUCUCAACUAACAACCACUUGUGUUCAAACUGACGACUGCCUUGGUAUAGUUAGAGUAACUAACUCUAGGUUUUGUGCACUUCGUUGUAAAAAGGAUGAUGGUGCAAUUAACGUGAUCCGAGCCUGUUUUCUUUUGUAGAUAUAUUUUAUUUCCGUAUAUAAUAGCUACUAACUAUGUGUGUGUGAUGUGUUUAACAAAUACAAGAAGAGUAAAAUAAACAAAGUUCCGUAAUU